GUGCGAUGUGAGAAGAGGAUGAUGCGCGUGAUGAUACGCACGUUGAACAGAUUUCGGCUAAAAAAUCUCAACAUCACGGUAGGAACCGUCAAUAAUUUACAAUUGGCACGCUGCGUGACAUCCACAUCCACAUCCGCAUCUGCGGCGGUUUAUCGUGCACGGAAGAACGCUGAACAAAAAACGAACAGUAUUAUGACGAGGAUACAGUAUCCCGAGGCACGCAGGGAUGAAAGUGUCGUCGAUGAUUAUCACGGCGUUGAGAUAGCAGAUCCCUAUAGAUGGCUGGAAGAUCCAGACUCGACGGAAACAAAAGCCUUUGUCGAUGCUCAAAAUGCUAUCACUAAGCCAUAUUUGGCUGCGUGUAAAGCACGUGACAAUAUUCACGAUCGAUUGAAACAGUUGUGGGAUUUUCCAAAAUAUUCAUGCCCUGCCAAACAUGGUGGAAAAUAUUACUUUUAUAAAAAUACUGGUUUACAAAAUCAAAGUGUUUUAUAUGUACAAGAUACUCUUGAAAGUGAACCAAGAGUAUUUCUCGAUCCUAAUACUUUUUCCGAAGAUGGUACUGUUGCAAUUACCAGUAGUUGUUUUAGCGAAGAUGGUAGCAUUUUUGCAUACGGAUUAUCUAAAAGUGGUUCUGAUUGGAGUACUAUCCAUUUUCUGAAUGCACAAACUGGUGAAAAAUAUCCAGAAAUUUUGGAAAAAGUAAAAUUCUCACCAAUUACAUGGACACACGACAAUCGUGGCAUCUUUUAUGGACAAUAUCGAGAUCAACAAGGAAAAACUGAUGGUUCAGAAACUUUAGGUAAUCAAAAUCAAAAACUAUGCUAUCACAUUGUUGGUACAUCGCAAUCAGAUGAUGUUGUUGCAAUUGAAUUUCCUGAAGAACCAUUGUGGAGGAUAGGUGCAGAAGUAUCUGAUUGUGGCAACUGGCUCAUUGUUACUCCUCUGAAAGAUUGCAGAGAUAAUUUAGUGUAUUUUACUCCAUUAAAAGCUGGAAUGGACAUAAGUAACAACUUGCCAUUGACACAGGUUGUUGAUAAACUUGAAGCUGAUUAUGAAUACGUAACCAAUGUUGGUACCAAAGCUGUGUUUCGCACAAAUAAAAAUGCACCUAACUACAAGUUAAUAGCUAUAGAUUUGUUAGAUUAUGGACAGGACAAAUGGGUUGAUCUUUUGCCAGAACAUCCUGAAAAUGUAUUGGAUUGGGCUGAUGCUGUAGAUGAAGACAAAUUCGUUGCUUGUUAUAUACAAGAUGUUAAGAAUAUUUUGCAACUGCAUUGUUUAAAAACUGGUGAAAUAAUUAGAACGUUCCCUCUUGAUCUUGGUACUGUUGUCGGAUUCUCAGGCAAGAAGAAAUAUUCCGAAAUAUUUUAUCAGUUUACAUCAUUUUUAACCCCUGGCAUCAUAUAUACAAUUGAUUUGAAAAAAGAAGAGGAACCACGAAUAUUGCGAGAAAUUAAAGUAAAAGGUUUUGAUGCAAGUUUAUAUAAAACUAGUCAAAUAUUUUAUCCAAGCAAGGAUGGUACAAAAAUUCCCAUGUUUAUAGUAACAAAGAGUGAUGCUGUAUUGGAUGGAACUAUGCCAGCCUUACUUUAUGGAUACGGUGGCUUUAAUGCAAGUAUUCAACCUACAUUCAGUGUUACGAGACUUGUCUUUAUGCAGCAUUUAAAUGGAGUACUUGCUGUCGCUAAUGUUCGUGGAGGGGGUGAAUACGGAGAAAAAUGGCAUAAUGCAGGACGUUUCUUCAAUAGACAGAAUGUAUUUGAUGAUUUUCAAUAUGCAGCAAAAUAUCUUGUAGAAAAUGGGUACACUACUUCAACAAAAUUGACGAUUCAAGGUGGUAGUAAUGGUGGCCUGGCUGUUGCUGUAUGCAUAAAUCAAAGACCUGAUUUAUUUGGUGCAGCUAUAGCUCAAGUGGGAGUCAUGGAUAUGUUGCGUUUUCAUAAGUUUACUAUUGGUUCCGCUUGGGUUUCGGAUUAUGGAAGCUCAGAUGAUCUUAAGCAUUUCCAGAAUUUGUUGAAAUAUUCACCUUUACAUAAUGUAAGAGUACCUCCUGAUGAUGUACAAUAUCCAGCAACAUUGCUUCUGACUGCUGAUCACGAUGACCGCGUCGUACCUUUGCAUACUCUUAAAUUAAUAGCAACUCUUCAGCAUACACUUGGAAACAUACCAAAACAAAAAAAUCCGAUACUUGUAAGAAUAGAUACUAAGGCGGGUCAUGGAGGUGGAAAACCAACCAUGAAAGUGAUUGAAGAAAGUACCGACAUCUUGUCAUUUAUUGUACAAUCCUUGGGUUUGGAAUUUAAAUCAUAAUUAAUGAAGCUAAAAAAAAUGUAAGUUACAACACAUUUUGCAUAAAUCUUUAAAAAAUCAAAAGAUGUAAUAUGAUGUCACUAAAAGCGCUUAUGCGAUUAUUAUGUGUAUUGCAAUAUAUUGUUGCAAAUUGAUCCGAUAUGCUUCAAUUGCAAAUUCUUUUAUAAUAAUACUGUAUCCUUAUUGUCGAAUAAAAAUGACAAAAUUUAUACUUUAUGAUAAUGUAA